AUGGCCGCCCAGGAGAAAGCCCCUGACGAGAGGAUUUCCCAGUUUGAUUACGCUUUGCUCCCGGAGCUGUCUGGUCUUCUAGGCAUAGAUAUGCUUCAAUAUGUAAAGGAAAUAGAAGAAGAGGAGCAGAAAGAACGAGAAAAAAUGCAAAAAGGCUUUAAUUCCCAAAUGCGUAGUGAAGCAAAAAGGUUAAAGACUUUUGUGACCUAUAAUGACUACAGUGCAUGGACACCCCAGGAGAUGGCAGCGGCUGGGUUUUAUUUCACUGGCAUAAAAUCUGGGGUUCAGUGCUUCUGCUGUAGCUUAAUCCUCUUUGGUACCAGCCUCCAGAGACUCCCCAUGGAAGACCAUAAGAAGUUCCAUCCGGAUUGUGAGUUCCUUUUGGGCAAAGAUGUUGGUAACAUUGCCAAGUAUGAUAUAAGAGUAAAGAAUCCAGAGAACAAGUUGACGAGGGACGACAAAGCAAGAUACCAAGAAGAGAAGGCCAGACUCAAAUCCUACAAGAAAUGGCCAUUUUAUGCCCAAGGGACAGCCCCAAGGGAGCUCUCAGCUGCUGGCUUUGUCUUUACAGGUAAACGUGACACUGUACAGUGCUUUUGCUGUGGUGGCUGUUUAGGAAAUUGGGAAGAUGAUGAUGAUCCCUGGAAGGAACAUGCCAAGUGGUUCCCCAAAUGUGAAUUUCUUCAAAGUAAGAAAUCCUCAGAGGAAAUUACCCGGUAUAUUCAAAGCUACAAGGGAUUUGUUGGCGUCACGGGAGAACAUUUUGUGAAUUCCUGGGUCAAGAGAGAUUUACCUAUGGCUUCAGUGUGUUGCAAUGGCAACAUCUUUGCUAAUGAAGAACUCCGACUGGACUCUUUCAAGAACUGGCCCCAGGCAUCCCCUGUGGGAGCUGCAGCUCUGGCCAACGCAGGUUUUUUCUACAUAGGUAAAAGCGACACCGUCCAGUGUUUUUCCUGUGGAGGAUAUUUGUAUAAGUUCGAGGAAGGUGAUGACCCAUUAGAAGAACACACCAAAUAUUUUCCCAAUUGUCAGUUUCUCCAAAAUAUGAAGUGCUCUGCAGAAGUAAUUCCAGACCUUCAGAGCCAUGGUGAACUUUCUGACUUAACGGAAACUACAAGUGAAAGCAAUCUUGAAGAGUCAGCAGUGAGUUCUGUAGUGCCAGAGGUGGCCCAUGGUGAAGCCCAGUGGCUUCAGGAGGCAAAGAGUCUAAGUGAGCGCCUGAGAAAAGCCUACACCAGUGCCCCUUUCUGCCACAUGUCUUUGCUUGAGGUCUCUUCCUGUCCAGCCACCGAUCAGCUGCUGAGUUGUGAUCUGUCCCUUGCUUCAAAACACAUCAUCAAUACUGUGCAGGAGCCUGUGGUGUUGCCUGAGGUCUUUGCUAACUUGAACUCUGUCGUGUGUGUGGAGGGUGAAGCUGGUAGUGGAAAGACGGUCCUCCUGAAGAAAGUAGCUCUUCUAUGGGCAUCAGGAUGCUGUCCCUUGUUACACAGGUUCCAGCUGGUUUUCUACGUCUCCCUUGGCUCUACCAGACUGGACCAGGGGCUGGCCAAUGUCAUUUGUGACCAGCUCCUAGAGACAGAAGGAUCUGUUACUGAAAUGGGCCUGAGGAACAUCAUCCAGCAGUUAAAGAACCAGGUGUUAUUCCUUUUGGAUGACUACAAAGAGAUGGGCUCAAUCCCCCAAAUCAUACAGAGGAUGAUUCAAAAAAACCAUUUGUCAAGGACCUGCUUAUUGAUUGCUGUCCAUACAAACAGGGCCAAGGACAUCCGCCGAUACCUAGAUACAAUUCUAGAGAUCAAAGCGUUUCCCUUCUGUAAUACCAUCUAUAUAUUACGGAAGCUCUUUCCAGACAAUUUGACCCGUCUGCGAAAGUUUAUGAUUGACUUUAGAAUGAAUGAAACAUUACUGGGAAUUCAGAAAACUCCCUUCGUCGUAGCAGCAAUCUGUGCUAAUUGGCUUCGGUAUCCUCUUUGUCAGUCCUUUGAUGAUGUGGCUGUUUUCAAGUCCUAUAUAGAAUGCCUUUUCUUAAAGCACAAAACUGCAGCUGACCUUCUCAAAGCAACUGUGUCCUCCUGUGGCGAGCUGGCCUUGAAAGGGUUUUUUUCAUCUUGCUUUGAGUUUAGUGAUGAUGAUCUCAUAGAAGUAGGGAUUGGUGAAGGUGAAGAUCUAGCCAUGUACCUGAUGAGCAAAUUCACAGCCCAGAGACUGAGGCCAGUCUAUCAGUUUUUGAAUGCUGCAUUCCAAGAAUUUCUUGCUGGGAUGAGGCUGACUGAACUCCUGGAUUCAGAUAGGCAAGAGGAUCAAGAUUCGGGACUUCGUUAUUUGAAACAAAUUAACUCAACCAUGAUGGCUAUAGGUCCCUAUGAAAAUUUUUUGAACUAUGUCUCUUGCCACGCUUCAACAAAGGCAGGGCCAACAAUUGUAUCCCAAUUGCUUCUUUUGGUGGAUAAUCAAGAGACACUGGAGAAUAUAUCUGAAAAUGAUGACUACCUGAAGCAUCAUCCAGAGAUUUCAGAGAAGAUGCAGUUUCUCAGGGUGUUGUGGCAAUACUCUCCAGAAGAUUACCUUUCACUGGUUUCAAAACAUUUACUGGCUCUGGCUGUAAAAAUUGCUUAUCGAAGCAACACUGUUGCUGCCUGUUCUCCAUUUAUUUUGCAGUUCCUUCAAGGGAGAACCCUGUCUUUGAGUGUACUUAAGUUACCGUAUUUUUUUGACCACCCAGAAAGCCUGUUAUUGUUGGGGAGCAUCCAGGUCUCCAUAAGAGGAAAUAGGUUACCCAAAUCAGAUUUUUCAUUCCUGGAAAAAAUUUUUGACAAAUCCCAGGCACCAACUAUAGGUCAGGACUAUGCUUCUGCCUUUGAACUUGAGAGUGAAUGGAAGCAGAAUUUAGUUGAAAAACAGGAAACCAUGAACAGUUUUCUGAACAUGCAACUCAAGGCACCAGCAGAUAUCAGCACUGGCUAUUGGAACCUUUCUCCAAAGCAGUACAAGAUUCCCGUUCUGGAAGUUCGUGUGACUGGUACUGAUGCUGUGGAUCAGGAGAUGCUAAGAUUUCUAAUGAAAGUUUUCUCAGCUUCACAGCACAUUGAACUCCACUUGACCAGCAGCGGGGGUUUUAUUGAAAGCAUCCGCCCAGCUCUUGAGCAGUAUAAGGCCUCGUUCACCAAGUGCUCCAUAAGCCAAUGUGAGCUGAGUGCAGUAGAACAGGAAUUGCUUCUCGCUCUGCCUUCCCUAGAAUCUCUUGAAGUCUCCGAGACAACCCAUCUACAAGAUCAACUCUUUCUUAGUUUGGACAAGUUCUUGUGCCUGAAAGAACUGUCUGUGAAUCUGGAUGAUAAACGAGAUGUUUUUUCAGUCAUUCCUGAAGAAUUCCUAAAUCUCCACCAUAUGGAGAAAUUAUUGAUCCGAAUUUUAGCUGAAUAUGGUCCUUCCAAACUAGUCAAAUUAAUUCAGAAUUCUCCAAACCUUCGUGUUUUCCAUCUGCAAUGUAAUUUCUUUUCGGAUCUUAAGUCUCUCAUGACUGUACUUUCUUCCUGCAAGAAACUUGAAGAAAUUAACCUUACUGGACCAUUUUUUAAAGCCGCCCCAUUUGUCGUUGUUUUACCAAAUUUUAUUUCUCUGAAGAUAUUAAAUCUUGAGCACCAAUAUAUUACUGAUAAGGAAACAGCUGAAAAAUUUGCCUACACUUUAGGUUCUUUAAAUAACCUGGAAGAAUUGAUCCUUCCUACUGGGGAUGGGAUUCAUCAAGUGGCCAAACUGAUCAUCCAGCAAUGUCAGCAUCUUCAAUGUCUCCGCAUUCUCUCAUUUUUCCAGACUUUGGAUGAUGACAGCGUGGUGGAAAUUGCCAAGGUAGCAAUCAAUGGAGGUUUCCAGAAACUCGAGAAUCUUAAUCUUUCAAUCAACCACAAGAUUACAGAGGAAGGAUACAGAAACUUCUUUCAAACACUGGACAACAUGCCCAACUUGCAAGAGUUAACUAUUUCCAGGCAUUUCAAAGAAUGUAUCAAAGCUCAGGCCACAACAGUCAAGUCUUUGAGUCAAUGUGUGUUACGACUGAGAAGACUCACUAGACUUAACAUGUUAAGUUGGCUCCUGGAUGCAGAAGACAUCACACUGCUUACUGCCAUGAUAGAAAGGCAUCCUCUAUCUAAACACUUCACCCUUCACUGGAAAUGGGUACUGCCAUUCUCUCCAAUCAUUCAGAAAUAGAAGAUUUAGCUAAAAACUGCUAAAUCAAGAAAAAUUUUGUCAACAAUUUAAAAAACCUAA